AUGCGAUGUGGACAUCGACAGUGUCAAACUUGUUUACCUAAUGAACAUCAAAGCGAAAUCACAUGCGCACAAUGUCAAACAAAAAUGUUGAAAACUGAAGUUCAUCUUGAUCGAGGUUUUCAAAAUGAGAUGAGAACACUACUAAUUGUUUGUUUUUUGUGUCAAUGGAAUGGUAUCUUAGAUAACUAUCAAAAUCAUCUCGAUCAAUCUCAUCCGAAUCUGACAUGUGAAUAUUGCGGUGAGCAGUUCAACUCAACUAACAAUUUCAAUGAACACAAAGUCUCUGCUUGUCAGAAAAUCAGUGUUGCAUGCUUACUGAAGGAUUUUGGUUGUAAUGAACGAAUUAUUCGUGCUAAUAUAAAAGAGCAUUAUAUGACUGAACAACAUCAACAGUCUAUAAGUAAAUGUAUUCGUCAAUUGUUAUCACAUGACAACGACAGACGAAUUGAUAUUGACUUUCUUCGAACAACUACAGAAUCUUAUGAUCCUGAUACGAUUCAAUUUGAAGAACUUCGUGACAUAAUUAACGUCUUAACAGGUGGCAUCGAAGCAUUGGUAAAUGAUGCACAACGUCUGAGCAAUGAAUCUCUUCAAGCGCAAAUUACACUUCAAACACUUGAAGAGCAAUUACCAGGAUUGAAACUUUCAAUAGAAGAAUCAAAUGGUUUUUUACAAGGAGUUAACUGCAAUUUAGAUAUUCUCAAGCAAGAUUUCACAUCACUGCAAGAGAAGGUCAAUGAUUUGCAGUGUGUUUCAUAUGAUGGUAUAUUUAUUUGGAAAAUAACCAAUGUCAAAGAGAAGAUGAUGGACGCACAAUCUGAAAGACAAACAUCAAUUUACUCGCCUCCGUUUUAUUCUUCUCCAAACGGUUAUAAAAUGAGAGCUCGUCUUUAUUUAAAUGGUGAUGGAAAUGCUCGUCGAACACAUAUGUCCAUGUUUUUUGUGCUCAUGCGAAGCUUGAACGAUCAGAUUUUGAAAUUUCCGUUCAACUAUAAAGUCACAUUUUGUUUAUACGAUCAAACACCGGCACAACGACAUAUUAUCGAUUCAUUUCGACCAGAUAUUAAAUCGAACAGUUUUCAAAGACCUCGAACGGAUAUGAACAUUGCAAGUGGUAUACCGAAGUUUUUUCCAUUGGAAACGAUUCAACAAGAGGGAAAUCCGUAUGUUCGAGAUGAUACCAUGUUCAUCAAAAUUUUGGUUGAUUUCGAAGAUACACCCAAAAUAUUAUUGCCUUACGUCUUGAGUUUGAAUCCGGGUCUUCCAACGCAUGUUCAACAAACAUUGAUCAAGCAAGAAGUCGAGCGAAGAAGCCAGCAACAGUCUGACAAGCCACUGCAGCUUCCCAAAGAAUGA